AUGACUAGGCCUUUUGCAGGUCAUUUCCGCAGGUCCAUCGUACCAUAUAAACAUGCAGUACCAUGUACCAGUUGUACAUUAUUUAAUCGCACUGUUGGCUCGAAAAAUGGGCCUGAAAAUGGUGGGCAUGUGUUCUCUGCCAGUCAUACUACUGGCAGUAGCACUAGUCCAAGUACUGCAGUAGAUGGAGAAUUUUGUGGAAGCGAUGAAAAGGAUAGUGAAACUACCAGUGAUGCUCCAGAACAAAGUGGUGGAGCCACUUUACAGGCGUCAAAGCCUGAACGGUAUAUUGCAGUCUUUACAUGCAACAUUUGCCAAUAUCGCAGUGCAAAAACUUUUUCAAAGAGAGCGUAUCAUCACGGGGUUGUGUAUGUCAAGUGUGCAAAGUGCUCUAGUCUUCACUUGAUAUCAGACCAACUGGGUUGGUUCGGGGAUGAAAAGAAGAAUAUCGAGCAGAUUUUAGCCGAAAAGAAUGAAUCUGUCUCUAAAGCAGAAUUGGGCCAAGAAAUUAGUCAAGACGAUCUAUCUCUGAUAGUCGAGUUAAAGAAACAAAAUAGACACUUUAAUUAAACUUCUUGUUGCGAAAAUACCGGGAACUCCUUCAUGGCAUCCUCCCAUGUCAAAUUCUCCCUCAACAAAUCAAGUACUAAAUCUGCAACCUUGUCUAUGCCAAUUCUAAUCUGUUUCAUUGAAUCCCUCUCCCUCAGCGUCAGAGUAUCAUCCUUUACGGUCUGGAAGUCGAUGGUAAUGGCAAAUGGUACGCCAAUCUCAUCAGUCCUUGCGUAUCUCUUUCCAAGAGACGCACCGCUCUUGUCGAUUUUAUACGAUAUACCGAGUUUGUUUAGCUGAUUCUGAACACGGGUAAUGAGCGGGUUAAACACUUCCUUUCCAGAAAGAGGGAGUACGCUGCACUUUAUGGGUGCAAUUGGUGGCUUGAGAGAAACGUAUUGACGUUCAUCCUGCAUGUUUUCCUCCAUUGGACGUACUCUGUACGAGUGCUCCAGGAUGGAAUAAAUGAGCCUGCCCAUUCCAAAGGAUGGCUCAAUCACGCUUGGUGUAAAGGUCUCAUCGGAAACCAUUGUCUGCACUUUUUCAAAGGAUACCAUUGGUCUUGUAACCUCAAAUUCUUCAUCACCUACCAGGACCUUGCAAGAGCCGUCGGAUGCGAGUUUCGCCUCAAUUUCCAUUGCUUCCUCGAGGCUCAAUCCUUCAAAGUGCUCCAACAAAGCCUUUUGCUUUGUCUUGAAAGUCUUGCCAAUGAGUGGCUUAUUGUAAGCAGGCACAACCCUUGUAACUGGAAUUGGUUCUGGGUGUCUCAAAUUUGCAACCAGUUGGGUAUUUGUUGCUUUGGAAUGGCAUGUUAGAUCAUAGGCCAUUCUGUCUGCG